AUGAGUGUUUGCAUUGGAUGAACCCUCCUCUUCCUCCUCACAUGCUGGUCACUGAAGUUUGUAGGGAGAAGAGGACGCAGCUGAGUCAGUGAUAUCAGACGUGAGCAGCAUGCUGAUUGCUUGUCGUGCUGUCUGCUGCUUUGGGAAUGGCGCUCAGUUGCUGAAGACAGUUCAUUCCUCUCACUUCCUCAGGUUUUCCACUGCGGCAAUCAUGUCUUCAAGACACAGAAAUACAAAACGGAUUCAGGGAAUUGAUGGCAAUGUAUGGGUUGAAUUUACAGCCCUUGCUGCAGAUCCCUCUGUAGUCAAUCUUGGUCAGGGGUUUCCAGAUAUAUCUCCUCCAUCUUACGUCACAGAAGGUCUUGCUCAAGUGUCAACAGUGGACAGACUAAAUCAGUACACACGUGGCUUCGGUCACCCACCACUGGUAGAUGCCCUCUCUAAGGUUUAUGGCAAAGUGACUGGAAGAAAGAUCAAUCCAAACAAAGACAUUCUUGUGACAGUGGGUGCAUAUGGAUCCCUUUUCAGUGCAAUCCAGGGGCUUAUGGAAGAAGGUGAUGAGGUUAUUAUUAUUGAGCCAUUUUAUGACUGUUAUGAGCCUAUGAUAAAGAUGGCUGGGGCCACGCCUGUCCACAUUCCACUGAGAUAUAAGGAUAGUGGAAAAGGAACAGUAUCGAGUGCUGACUGGGUCUUAAACCCUGAAGAACUAGCCAGCAAAUUCACUUCCAGGACAAAGGCCAUUAUACUGAACACUCCAAACAAUCCUAUGGGCAAGGUGUAUAAAUUAGAAGAACUGCAGGUCAUUGCAGACUUGUGUAUAAAACACGACACACUCUGUAUUAGUGAUGAAGUUUAUGAGUGGCUGGUGUUCUCUGGAAGCCGACAUGUAAAAAUAGCAACUUUACCAGGAAUGUGGGACAGGACUAUAACAAUAGGAAGUGCAGGAAAAGCAUACAGUGUUACAGGAUGGAAGCUUGGUUGGUCCAUCGGUCCUGAGCAUCUCAUUAGACACUUACAAACUGUCCAUCAGAAUGUCUUGUACACCUGCGCUACUCCUUUACAGGAGGCCCUGGCCCAUGCUCUCUACAAGGACUUCAAAAGAAUGGAUGAACCAGAAUGCUAUUUCAAUGCACUACCCCGGGAACUAGAAUCCAAGCGUGACCGAAUGGCUUGCUUGCUUGAGGAAGCUGGACUAAAGCCAGUCGUUCCAGAAGGAGGAUAUUUCAUGAUUGCAGAUGUUUCUGUACUUGGUGUGGAUCUUUCUGAAGUGAAAGACGAUGAACCUUACGAUUACAAAUUUAUAAAGUGGAUGAUUAAAACUAAGAAAUUAGCUGCUAUUCCAGUAACGGCAUUUUGUGGACUUGAAUCUAAGAAACUACUUGAAAAGUAUAUCAGAUUCUGUUUUAUUAAGCGAGAUGAGACAUUGGAUGCCGGUGAGAAGAUCUUGAAGAACUGGAAUAAAUGAAAAUAACAGACUUGAUUAGACCAAUUUACAAGCAAUGGUUAUCCUAAUGAACUGUAUUCACUGUUCUUAUGCUGGGAUCUGACAAACAUCACACAAUCAAAUGUAAUUGGCAUUGCUGUUUUAUUUAGAUGUAAAUAAAAAUAUGAUCUCAUUUUUA